AUCAAUAAAUAAUUUCCCUCGCAAGUGAAAUUAUCAAAUUACGACUCCUUUUUAGUCCUGCCAUCGCACUCGUCCUGACCAGACCUGUCCGUGUGCCACUGUGUAUCGCCAGAUAGGUUCAGUGGUGAGGGAGAAAGAGCUGCCAAGUGUGUGGCCCCAAUGUGUGGAGGCAGUGGAAUUUAAUUAAUAUUCACUAGAGAGAGCAAAUAUUCCACUGUACCCACAAUUUGUGCUGAGAUAUUCGAGGUGUUUGCCGGAACAAAGGGUGGAAUUCGAAGGAGAAUUUAUCGAUUGUGCUCCCAUCCCUUGACGACUCCGUCAAAGGGACGCGUGAAAAGUGGGUGAAAGUGGUCCAAAAUGUGCACCAACAGCAGAACUUCCCCGUCAAUGGUCCUUGCUAUGUGUUUACACAGUUUAGCAGUGCUAAGUGUCCUCCUUGGCGUCGCAAAGUGCUCUCCCGGGGCGCCAGAGCUCCAUUUUGACGAGCUCGAAAUGUCCGGAAAGCGACCUCCAGCCGUCGAUGUCAGUCAACUCAUCGCCAGCAAUCCGUGCCUCGUGCACUACUGCGGCCGAGGCCAGGAGUGCGUGGUGGACGCCAACCAGAUGGCGAAGUGCGUGUGCCAGAGGUUCUGCCCCAGGCGCCAGAAGACCGUCUGCGGCUCCGACGGCGAAGUGUACCAGAACCACUGCGAGAUGCACCGGAUGUCGUGCCUGAAGGAGAGGAAAAUCACGCUGCAGCACGCGGACUUCUGCCGUCAGGUCACUACGAGGGCGCCCAGUGCGUGCUCGCCGCAGGAGUACGAGAUCAUGAAGGACAACCUGCUGCUCUACAGCCACGCCAGGCUCAUCUCCAGCGACAACAACCACAGCAGAGACUUCCUGGUCUCCAUCAUGUUCUCCCACUACGAUCAGAACAACAAUGGCCACUUGGAGACAACUGAACUCAGAGAACUUUACCAGCUGGAGCACCUCGAGGACCUGAGCGCCGGCUGCGUCCUGAGCGAUAUGCUCGUGUACGACGACACCAACCGCGAUGGUCACCUGAGCAUUAAUGAGUUCUACCAGGCCUUCAACAAGAUGUACAGCGUGUCCGUGGUGUCGCUGGACAAGGUGCUCGAGACGAACCACUUGACGGCGCGCCUGGGCGACAAUGUGGAGAUCAAGUGCGACGUCACGGGCUCCCCGGCGCCGCCGAUUGUGUGGCACAGGAACGGCGUGGACCUGCUGACGCUGGUGGAGGAGAACAUCCGCGUGUUCACGGACGGCAGUCUGUAUCUCACACACGUGCAGCUUGUGCACGCGGGCAACUACACGUGUCACGCGCAGGGCAAUGACGACGUCGUGCAGACGCACAUCCUCACCGUGCACACAAUCCCGCGAGUGCGCGUGAUGCCACGCAUUCAGUCACGCGGCCUGGGCGAGAACGCUGAGAUGUUUUGCCACGUCACGGGUGAGCCUUUUCCGGCCGUGGAGUGGCUGAAGAACGAUGAGGCCAUUAGGCUUGAGACGCUCAAUAAGUACGAAGUCAUCGGCAACGGCACGGCGCUGCACGUCCUCAACAUCACCUAUUCAGACACGGGCGCCUUCAUGUGCCGUGCACGAAACAUCGGGAGCGAAGUGAAGGACAUCAGUUCGUUGAUUGUCCAGGAGGACGAGUCUCCAACUGUGCUCAUCGAGGAGAAUCGAUUUUUCGUCUUUCACAAGUACGGAGCGGCCAUUUACGAGCCGGGAGCCUGUCGGCUGGUGCACCAGAUCCAGGGCACGGACAUCAUCCCGGGGACGCAGGACACUGUGUGCGGCCUGAGUGGCGUGGGCUGCUCCUGGGGCAGAGCCAUCAACAUCGGCACGCGCUACAUCUACGUGAGCCAGCCGUACAGGGAUCGCGUACUGAUCAUCUCCACGCUGCAGAUGGUGGUGGUGGACGUGAUUGCGACGGACAGGUAUCCGGUGGAGCUUCACUAUGUGCCUCAUCUGGACCAGGUGUGGAUCCUCAACUGGCGCCGCCCGGACACGCCCUACUCCAAGACCCUGCAAGUCAUCCGCGACGCCGGCGAGAAGAAGCGCCACCAGGCGACGCAUCCGCAGAUGAAGAGCGACACGGAGGUGAUCAGGGACUUCUUCGUGCCCACGGCGGACUUCGAGCCGCUCAACUACGCCUUCAACUACGGCUACGUGACGCACCAGAACACGAUGGGCCUACAGAAGAUCGACCUCAACACCUUCCACUACGUUCGCUACAUCGACCUGUCGUCCUACGCCUGUCUGCCCUACUCCGUCACCUUCUCCGCCUACUACGGCAUCGUGGUGAUCGCCUGCAUCGAGCCAGACACCAACACCUGGCGCGGACAGCUGAUCCUCGACUAUCUCACGGACUCCGUGAUGGGCACGAAGCCCGCCAUUCACGGGGUGGCACGAAUCUCGCCCAACUCCAGACACAUCGUCAGUACAUUCGUGAACAAUGCCGGCACGACGCUUACAGUCCAGCAAAUCACAUCGAGUGGCCUCCAAUUCUCGUUCGAUGUGAAAACCACUCUCAACAUCAGCGACGCAACGUUCUAUGAGAGCCAAACGACGCAUGGAUACGACUUGUUUGCUAGCGCCAGUGACAAAGAGGACAUCCUGUAUUUGAAUUUGGACUCAGGCAAGGUGGAAAUGAUAACAGGAGUUGGACCGGGCGCACCUUUGCUCCAACAAGCGUCGCCAAUUGCCAAAUGGGGCAAUUCGAUGCGAUCAAUUAAGUCUUCAGGACUUUUCGGGCAAUACAUGGUGACUUUGACAAAUAGUGCCCUUUUUGUGAUUAAUGGCAAAAGCAAGACCGUCAACUGCGAAAUUGGCGGCGUUCUCAAUCCUGUCGGUGUCGUUUGGGCCAAAUAUCGACACAAUUCGCUGCCGCCGGUGCCGAUUGCCAGGAGUCGCGAGGACAUCAACGAAAAUUAAUUCGCCGCUGAGGUAAAUAGCAGACAAAUGGUUAAGCACACACACACACACAUACACACGCCGAUGAACUCUCCUCUGCCGCUCGUCGCUCUAUCGCGUAUUGGCGCGAUUAGGGUGGAGAAGAAUUUUUCAAUUAUCACCAAAACGAUAAAGAAGUGACACGAUUGAGUGAGUGAGACGACGAGAGCGCGAAGGAGAGUGCAGAUGGUAUUUUGAAUACGCAAACAGACACACUGGAAUUCCCAGGAAAAAACCACUCUUGAUUUCUCCUAAUACUGCUUAUCAAUCUGCAAAAGACACAUACGAAGAGCCGCAGAAGACAGGCAUAAUGAUAGUUUAAGACGUUGUCUCUUUCCCAAAUAACUCCAUGUUUUUCUCCCCCUCCGCUUCAUCCGGGAUAUCAAGAAAACCCAAAGAAAAAUAACAAACCAGACGAGAAGAUGAGACAUUCAUUUGACUAACCAAUUAGACUUACGCGAGAAAAUCACUGCGCGGUGAUAAAAUUUCAUGUAAAAAUACAGGGUCUCAUGGAGUGUGACGUGAUGUCGAGGCAUUUGAAGUUGGAGACUUUGCAUAAUUCAGCAGAUUCGCGCCAAACUGACUGAUUUCUUCACGUCUCACGGAGCAAUUUCUUUCCGUGUUGCACAUUCAAAGUGACUUCUUCAGAAAUGCAAAUACUUUCACUCUGCACGAAAACUUUCGGGCUGUCGGUGGAAUUCUUACAGGUGCGUUCAAUUGACGGCAAUAAGACAAUUGCUGCCGAUGAAUUACGCGCACUGAGUGACUUUUCACAGGUGAAAGCGAUAUACUAUUUAUUUACAUUUAAAGUGUUUUCAAAUUGUGCAUUGUAACUGAUUCCCCGAAAGAUUGCAGUGUUUAACAAUCUCUUUACACCACAAUUAUAGUCUUGAAGAAUGUAAUUUUUCUAAGGAAUGAAUACGUCACUAUUCGUGUUCAUAGAGAAGCAAUUACUUUUCACUCUAUCACAACCAGUCCCAGAUUUAAGUUCAAAGCUAUUCCCAUCGAAGAAAGUUGAUAAAUUGAUAGUUUUUGAAAUUAAUUUCGGCUAUUUUAUACUUUACUAUGUUUCAAAUACAAAGUUUUUCAACAAGAUUUUAAUGAAUUUGCGAUAAAAGUGCCUUUUGGCGAAACCCUGCGUUAUGUCAAAAUUACAUCGAAUUGUGUAUAAUUUCUUUGGACAAUCAAUUUAUGUGUAUCGCGAAAUCACCUUGAAAUUCACAGCUGCGCGUAAAAUUCUCUCCAGCGUCUGUCAAUUGACAUUUUCCCUCGAAUGAUUAGCAUUUGUUGAUAAAUUCACUUCUAUUGAAUACUGCGAAAGCUCAGCGAGUGAAUCUUUUUUCGACUGAAGUCACUUCUGACUAAUUACGGUAAAGAUCACGGACUCAUUCUCGCAAAUUCCCGCGGAGAUUUAGCGAAAUAAUUAGGACAAUUAGCAAGAUAUGAAUUUGCGAGAUUUCAAGCUUCUCUCUUUUUUCUGCAUUCCAACUCUGCAAAUUAGCUGACGAUUCAAUGGAAUAAUGUCCUUGUGCAUGAGAAUGAAUUUCAAAUGAUUGAGAUCACGUCAUUAUUUUGCAAUAUAACCCACAAUUUUGCCCACUUCCUCGCCAAGAGGGCCGCACGUUGAGAGAUGUUGGUAAUUUCAACUGGGAGAAUAUAUUGUGUGUAUGAAAAUUGCACUUAGGACCACUUUAUGGAGGUAUAAUUCUCAAGAUUUUGGCUUGUCACAUUUAUAGACUUUAUUUAAUGGGGGUUUUCUCUCUUACGGAUUAAGCGCCAGUGACAGAGUUGUAGCCGAUGACAGUCUGUUUUUCUUUCGGAAAAGAGAAUGAAAAAUGAGGACGGAAGUUGUUCGUUUACCCAUGAAAAGAGAAAAAAGGGAAGGAUGUAAAAUUUUUUGAUCUUUAAUUAGCGCAAAUCUCCUUUUUCGAUUUAUAUAUAUAUAUAUAUAAAUAAGAAAAAAUUGUAGGUAUGAAAAAAGUCAAGGUAGAAUUUUGUGAGGCAAAAGACAGAAUAUUUAAAUGUUGAGAAGUAAUAAUAGUUGUAAGAGGAGAUGAAAAAAUGUAGUAUUUAUUAUCAUGUAACUAAUUUAUUAUUAAAAUUACGUAUAUUCCCACCACGAGCGCGAGUCUUUCUCAUCAGCCAGCGCUAAGAUGCAGCCUUGAGCAUCCACUCUAAGUGUUUCUUUUUUGCCCAGCUGCGCAGAGAAAAGGCCGCAGUCAGAAUAACAUUGAAUUUUUAUAGACACUUUAUUUUUCGUCAAAUUAAUUACCGAUGCUUUUGCACAUGAUUACCGCACCUCUUUCCGCAAUUUUGCUAUUUUUCCUCUAGUUCUGCAAUUUUUUUUUCAAUACAACGAAUACAACUCUCGAAUGGCACAAUCUAUAAUUAAUUUA